AUGAUUAACAUUUUUAGAAGGAGCUUGACAGCUAUGGCAGAAGGUCCAAAAACAAAAAUGAUUAAGGAAAAAUUAAAAAAUGCCUUAAAUCCUGAUCAUUUAAAUGUUGUUUGUGAAUCACAUAUGCAUGCAGUACCAAAGGGCGCUGAAAUGCAUUUUCUUGUAGAAUGUGUUUCAAAGAAAUUUGAAGAUCUUCCAAAAAUAAAAUGUCAUAGAAUUAUUCAUGAUGUGUUAGCAGAUGAAUUAAAGUCAGGAGAUAUUCAUGCUUUACGCCUAUUUACUAUUCCACCUUCAAAAUACACUGGCCAAUUUGCUCCACCAGCCCCUAAAUGUGAAAAAAAUGUUAUUGUCCUAUGCAGAAAAAUAGAAUAUCGUUGUAAGAGUUUAUUAAAAACUAAAAUUUUACUACAUACCAAUACCAAUUAUUUUUCAUAUUGUAAUUAUUUUCAAAAAUCACGUGUAUUGAAGAAAAAUAGUAUAUUAAUAACCCAAAAUCCUAAAGAAGAUUUUACAAAGGUAAUUAAACCAAACCGAAAAAUUGGAUUGCAGAAAGUAUUACUUCAAAAAAUUGAUUUACAAACUCACAAUUCAAAACUUUUGAUAGAUUCUAAACAUCAUUUAAGAGCUAAAUUAUCUAUAUUUAUUAAAAAUUCUAAAAUAAUUAAAACAAUGGAUGAAAGACCUUCAAUGAUAAGCUUGGAGAUUUUAAGAAAUGGAUUUUCCAGUUUUGGUUCUUCAGUGCUUAUACGCACAAACAAAUCUUUAUAUGUUAUAAACUUUCCUGAAGGAUUAUUAAGAUAUGCGGCCAUGGCGAAAAUUAAAACUUUCAACAUAAAAAAUGUUUUUAUAACAAGAAAUAAAGUUAGCAAUUUUGGUGGUUUACCUGGAUUCAUUACUACUUGUUUGGAACGAAUUUCUAUUAAUGAUAGUAUUAAUACACCAAAUUUUCAUGGUAUUACAAAAAUAAUUGAUUUUACUGAAACAUUAUUACCUGUGAUAACCGAAGAUAAACGUAGUCAAUUAAAAAAAGAAAAGGUAAACAUAAUGACUAAAAUACCAUGCAGUAAGGAACAAUAUUCAGAUGAAGCUUUUGAUAUUAGAUAUAUACCAAUUAUGGAAUCAGGCACAUCAAAUAUUAAUGCAUUUUGUUAUUUGUUUGAAGCUAAGCCACCUAGGAAAAAUAUUGACCCAUUUAAAUUGCAAGAAUUAGAUAUUCCUAGAGGAUCAUGGAUAGGUGAAUUGAAAAAUGGUAAAACAGUAACUUUGCCUGAUAACAGAGUCAUAAAACCAGAGGAUGUUUUUGUCGACUUAAAGAAUGCUUUGGAAAAACCAAAUGUUCUCAUAUUAGAUAUUGAAUCUAUUGAUGAAAUAAAUUGUUUACUGAAAUCUAAACAUUUCCUACCUUAUAUGUCUAAAAAAAAAAGUCUUAAUUUUGUUGUACAUAUGGUUAAAGAUCACAUUAUUAAAUCAGAAGAGUAUCAAAAGUUUAUGAAUAUUAUUCAUUGUCAAAAUGCAAAAAAUAUUAUUCUUAAUGAAACUGCAGAAUUUUAUCCUUCAUUUGCUAGUAUAUACCAUUUAACGACAUACUGCAAUUCUAUUUGUCCUGAAGUAUUUCCUCCUCUUUAUAAAAAUGAUAGUUCACUUUCAUUUAGUAAUAAGGAUUACGAAAAUAAUGAAGAUACAUAUUUAACCGUUAAACCAUAUGCAAGAUUUCUUAUGCGUGGUUUUCUUAGAGAAGAUUUUGACAUAAAUAUAUCUUUGGAUGUUGCUACAUCAAAUUUUAAAGUACCAGAGAAAGAAAAAGAUGAUUUUAAUAAUUUAGUAAAUACAUUUCGUGAAGAGUGUAAAAAUGAUGAAUUGUUGACGAAUGGUGACAUUUAUCCUGAAUUAAUUGUUCUUGGAACAUCUUCAGCCUUGCAAACAAAAUAUAGAAAUGUUUCAAGUUAUCUUUUUAAAACUUCAGAAAAUUCAUUUUUUUUGAUUGAUAUAGGUGAAUCAACUUAUGAACAAUUGUUUUAUUAUUAUGGUUCAGAUGAAGUUGAAAAAGUUUUAAUGAAUAUUAAAGCUUGUUUUAUAACUCAUGCACAUCAAGAUCAUGUUAAUGGUUUUUUGAAUAUUGUUCUUAAAAGAAAAGCUGCUUUUGAAAAACAUAAAAAAGAAUAUAUUCCUUUAGUUGUUAGUGGGACAUAUAGUACCAUUAGAUAUAUCAAAGGGAUUAAUAUUUUUUUCACAACAGUGCUUGAUUUUAUAGAAAUAAUUUUUAUUGAUCUUAGAUACUUAGGUCCUGUAAGAUUUUUACCAUCUUUAGUUAUGGAUAUUGAACAAAAAAUACCUUCUUAUUUAUAUGACAAAGAAAGCUGGCACUUAAGUUCAAUAAAAUCAGUACCUGUGGAACACACUUCAUUUUCAUGUGGUUAUGUUUUAACCACUACAAAUGGUAGAAAAUUUGUUUUCAGUGGUGAUACAAAGCCUUGUGAAAUAUUUAUUAGUGAAGGAAUGAAUGCUGAUGUUUUAGUUCAUGAAGCAACAUUUGAUGAUGAACAUGAGAAAGAAGCCUUUAGAAAAAGACAUAGUACGAUGAAACAAGCUAUUACUGUAGGCGAAAAAAUGAAAGCAAAACAUAUUUUGUUAACGCACUUUUCCGCUCGUUACUCAAAGAUUCCUAAAUUACCAGAUUACUUAAUUGAAAAGAAUAACGUAGGAAUUGCUUUUGAUUUUAUGACAAUUAAAUUUAAACAUUGGCAAUUAGUUCCAAAACUAAAUAAAAUCUAUAGAAAAGCAUUUUCCACUGAAUUAGAAGAGUUAGAAAUUAAAACCUCGAAGAGAAAUUUGGCGCUAGAAUCAGAAGAAUUUGAAGAAAUAUUUUCUACAAAAGAUAUUUUACCAAAUAAAAGAAAAUGUUAG